ACUUUCGAGCUGGUCCGCGGUGUGUCGGUGUGUCUUCGUCUCUUCGUCUCUUCGUGUCUUCGUGUCUUCGUGUCUUCGUGGUUCUUGUUGAUCUGUUUUAAAGUCACAGUGCGGGACAUUUGUCGUGGAGGAUGAAGUCUGCCGUGUUCUUUUGCCUCGUGGGGCUGUUGUUGUUUGUUCUGUGCGAGUCUAAAAUCUCUCUUCCUGUGGUCCAGAUCUACACUCGGGGCCCGGGGAUAUACGACAGAGAGAACGUCCUCCUGUGUCACGCCAAAGGCUUUUACCCUCCUGAGAUCGACCUGCAGCUGCUCGUCGAUGGCGUCAAGUUCAAAGACGCCAAACAGACGGACCUGGCCUUCGAGGAGAACUGGUACUACCACCUGACGGCACACGCCCCCUUCACCCCGCAGAAGGACCGCAAAUACACCUGCAAGGUCACACACCAGGGGGAGACGCGGUCCUACAACUGGGAGCCGGAUUCGUUGUGAUUCUGCGGGCGUCAGCUGGAUCAGAGCUGAGACCUUCAGAUAUGAUCUCUGCACUUUGUCUUCGGGAGGUUUUCUGAAUCAGGAAGUUGUAAAUAAUUUGAAUUUUUUAAGCAUCACUCAGUAACUUUUUGCUGUUGCUGUUUGGCUGAGGUAAUGAUCUGAUGAUGUCGAUCUGUGUUUCUUUAUAAAACCUGUUUAUGUCACGACUAAAGUGACAAAGAGUGAGUCACUUUUAAUCAUUAUUUGAUAAUGUUUGUGUCAGAUUUCUCUUGAUUAAAUCGAGGACAUUCUGUAAAAUUAAUUAAUACAUUUUUCUGAGCUUUACAAAACUGUGCACUAUGACUUCACAAACCUGGUGUGAUGUGCAGUAGUUUCAUUAGUGCGAUGCAGCUGAUUGUGAUAGUGCUCUGAAGGGGGAGGGGCUUAGCACAGAGAGCAAAGGGGGGAGAGACUCAGAGCGACAAAAAUGAAAAAGAAGCAUUUUGACACGAUGUUUGGGUGAAAAUAGGACUUUUAGAACAAUAAAAGGAAAGAGAUUAAAAUAUGGGAUGUUUUACAGUUAAUGCCCCACAGGAGUAAAUACCUCCUCUUUAAUGCCCCACAGGAGUAAAUACCUCCUCUUUAAAUAAACUGCAUUAUAAAAUCAGGGCUAUUGUAUUAAAGCUGGACAUUUUGUUUUUGCUUCAUAAACCGCUGCUCUCUGAAUUUAACCUGCUAACGCUGUAGUUUAGAUGUGUCAGAUGCCCUCCCUGGGGUCUUACUCUGCAUAAAAUCUUCAUUUAUUCUGUUUAAAAUGUGAACUUCUGUUAUUCAAACAUAAAUCUGAUCAUCUUUAUAACUAAUAAAAAGAUUAUUUCCACUUAA